CAGGAAACGUUUGACCUCUGAAAAGAGGAGAUGCUGACUCAGCUAGUUUUGGGAUGGACUGCCUUGCUCAGUGGCCUCCAGCCGGCUGGCUCCUCUAUCACAAGCAGAUUUCCAUCUGGCAGAGACAGCAGGUGGUCAGCUCGGAAAUGUGAAGUCUUCAUGGCUCCUCCUCCUCCACCACCUCUGUUUCCUACAGUCAAACGGAAAGCAGAGCUGAUGGUUGAUAUAACAGAACACAUCACGGGACUGAAAGGGGAAAAGGGCUGCAGAGGAACAAGAGGACCCAAGGGCCAACCUGGUGUGAUGGGUCCAGAGGGAGAACCUGGAACACAAGGAUACAUGGGACAGCCAGGUCAAAAGGGGGAGAAGGGUGACAGAGGCUGGAGGGGCCUGUAUGGAGACAUAGGAACUCCUGGGAUGAUAAAGGGCAGCAAAGGGCGUAAGGGAUUCAGGGGGGAUAAAGGUAUGAAAGGACACAGAGGACCCAGUGGAGAGACGGGUGAGCGUGGCACCACUGGAGCGCCAGGAGAGAAGGGUGACCCAGGUCUGCGGGGCGAUGCAGGGCGAAGGGGUGAGCAAGGACCCAGAGGAAAACCUGGUGGCAGAGGAACCAUGGGUUUGAUGGGAUCUCGUGGACCUACAGGAAAGCUGGGUCGUCCUGGUCCUGCAGGACUGCGUGGUCGGACUGGAGAGCCUGGACUACCAGGGCAAGUGUACAUCCUACCAGGCCUGCAGGGAGACGCAGGAAACCGAGGUCCUCCAGCCAAAUGCAACUGUUCACAGGUUCAAAGCCCACAACGUUUGUUGGGCAGAGUCCCGACGAUCUUUAUUGCAGAUGGAGAGAGACAGAUGAGGAGGCUGCGGGGAGAGAACGUGAUGGUGCUGCGGACAGACAGAGAAGCUCUGUACAUCUACACCGAAUCUCAAUGGAUCAACGUACUGAUACAGAGGACAAGACAGAUGUUUCCUUCGGUCUCCAGCAUGAGUACCCCAGACACUGACCCCACUCCAUUCAACACUGGCUGGAGUGCUCUUGACCAAAACCUCGAACCCCAACUGCUCAGUGGCCAGCAGUUCAGACUGUUGCUGGGAAGCUUCCAAAGUGAAUGUGUGUAAAGUAAUGAAUGCGAUCAGAUCAAACCUAUUCAUGUUAAAUAAA